AUGUCUGAUGAGUUAGAGGCUCGGAUGUGGGAUGAUGGAGGCUCAAGGAACGAUGCUAGAAGCCGUGGAGCUUAUUAUGAGUCUGCGUUCGCUUCAGAGCAACUGGACAGAGCACCCUUACUAGCCGAGGAUGGAUACUCAGAGGUAACGGUGACUGUAACCAGUGAUUCGGAGGAGCAUUGCCACUGGAAGAGACCGGAACCGCCGAGUGCUGUGCCGCAGCUGUUAGCUGCUCUGGUGCUAUGCUUCGUAUUCAUGAUCUGUGAGCUGAUUGGCGGUUACCUGGCAGGAAGUUUGUCUGUGAUGAGCGACGCGGCGCAUAUGCUUAGCGACUGUGGGGGGUUCGCCCUAGCCCUGCUAGCGUUUCGAUGCGCGAACCGACCACCCACCGCUAACAUGUCUUACGGGUACCGUCGAGCUGAGGUUCUUGGCGCAAUGGCCUCUGUCCUACUAAUCUGGGCGUUGACGGGUGUGUUUGUGUACGUCGCGGCACUGCGCAUACGCACCGGCGAAUACACCAUAGAACCUGACAUGAUGAUGAUUGUAUCGGGGUGCGGUGUCGCGUUCAAUGUGUUGCUGGCGCUUGUUCUACACGGCUGCGCUUCUGACAUCGCUCAUCACCACACGCACGGUGGCGCUGCCUGCAACGCCCAUGCGCAUACGCAUUCAUCUCCCAAGCGGUUUCGGCUUUUCCGGCGACGUGAACACAAGCAUACAAACGGAAACGUAGCUAAUGGUGACUAUAGGAUGAAAGAUCUAGCUGCCUCGGAAACAACUGUUCUUGAUAAUUCACAAAGAAAUAUAAACUUACGCGCAGCGUUAAUCCAUGUCAUAGGCGAUCUAAUACAGAGUUGUGGGGUACUUCUAGCAGCCAUACUCAUUAAAUUUUACCCUGAAGCAAAGGUCAUUGACCCGAUCUGCACGUUCGUCUUCAGCGUGUUGGUGCUGCUGACAUCGGCACGCGUGGUCAGAGAUGCUCUCGCCAUGCUUAUGCAAGCUGUGCCUCCUAACUUUAGAUAUCGCGAGUGCGUUGCCGGCCUUUUAGCAGUCACGGGUGUCCGGCACGUCCAUUCAGUCCACGUGUGGGCUCUAUCUACCCACCACAUCGUGUUGACAGCCCAUAUUGCCAUUGAUGAAUUAGCUGACUGGGAGGCUGUGCUAUCCAAGUGUCAAGCGUUAGCGAGGUCUCAGUACGGUGUUGCCAGCGCGUGUUUCCAGGUGGAGAGAUAUAACGCUGAAAUGUCAAUCUGCGAAAAGUGUACACACCUGGCCGCGCCCUGA